UCGCCCCUUUCAGUCAACCCUGCAAGCCAAAUUCCUGCUGCUCUCCACAGUCGGUCGCCACUCUCCCUCCAGUAAUGUCUCUCUUCAUACCGAUUCUGAUCAUCCUCUCCAUCUUCUUACUCCUCAAAGCCGUCUACUCAUACCUCUGGCUUCCGCACCAGAUCCAGCUUCACUUCCGGCGCCAGGGAAUCAGCGGUCCUCCUCGCCGCCUUCUGUCCGGCGGGAACGCCGGCGAAAUCCGUCGGCUGUUCGCGGCUGCUCAGUCUUCUCCGACGCCGGGGCUCAGCCACGACGUAGCCGGCCGUGCGGCGCCGCACUACGCCCACUGGUCAGCGCGGUACGGCCGCUCAUUCCUCUACUGGUUUGGCUCGCAGCCGCGCCUGGCGAUCGGAGAUCCGACGGCAGUCAGGGCUGCGAUGAGUGAAACUAGCGGCGCGAUCGAUAAGUUAGGGUUUGUUCCCGCGAGCAGGGACCUAUUCGGCGAGGGAUUGGUUGGGCUCACAGGGGAGAAGUGGGCGAGGCAUCGCAGGAUAGUUGGACCAGCUUUCAGCAUGGAGACUGUAAAGUCAUGGAUACCUGAAAUUUCCAUAAGAGCUGCAAACAUGCUACAUAAAUGGGAGCUGCAAGUUGGCAAGAAUUCCGAAUUUGAAAUUGAUAUUCACAAGGAAUGCCACAAAUUCUCAGCAGAUGUCAUUUCUAGUGUCGCAUUUGGCAGCAAUUAUGAGGAGGGGAAGAGAAUUUUUGAACUGCAAGAAGAACUACUGCCUCUUGUUUCUAUUGCAUUGAGAAGCGUGUACAUCCCAGGUUUCAGGUUUAUACCAACAACCAAGAAUCGUAAAAGAUGGAGAUUGAAUAAAGAAAUUCAGGAUUCAUUGCAGAGACUGAUCCACAUCAAUGGAGAGAAAUGCGAAAAUUCUAAAAACUUUCUUGGGUUACUGAUUUCUGCUACCAAGAAGGAAGGAAAAGAUCAAAUUGGAACUCAAGAAAUCAUUGAUGAAUGCAAAACAUUUUACUUUGCUGGGAAGGAGACAACAGCGAAUGUGUUGACUUGGUCUAUACUUCUUCUAGCAAUUCAUCAAGAUUGGCAGAUUAAGGCACGAGAAGAAGUGACAAGCAUUUGUAGUAGGCACAGACAUCCUGAAAUAGAAGACUUGAAUAGAUUCAAACUGGUGAGCAUGAUACUGAAGGAAACUAUGCGCCUCUACUCUCCUGCAGUUUUAUUCAAUAGAGUAACAACAAAGGACGUUAAGCUUAGCAGAAUCAACAUCCCUGCGGGCACACUCCUCUACAUGCCUGUAAUUUCGAUCCAUCAUGAUUCCGAGCUUUGGGGUCCAGAUGUGAAUGAAUUUAACCCUCUCCGAUUCUCCAAUGUUGAUAAAGGCGACAAUCCUGCAGCAUUUUUUCCCUUCGGAUUAGGACAAAGGAUCUGCGUUGGCCAAAAUCUGGCGCUUGUUGAGCUGAAGGUAGCGCUCUCUAUGAUCCUCCAAAGAUUUGAGUUUGAAUUGUCCCCGUCCUAUGUUCAUUCUCCCAGGCUGCUCCUUACUCUUGAACCACAAUAUGGUGUUCAAGUUCUCCUCAGAAAGAUUUGAUGAUGAAUCUUGAGCUUCGUAAUGCCUGGAAGUUUCUCAAGCUGUAAUCUUUUUACCUAGUAAAGCCUGGCUGAAACAUUUUGGGGAAAUGACUAUCAUUGUUGUUUUUUUUAAUUUACUAGCAAUGUCUUUUAUUUUAUUUUAAUUUAAA